AUGUUUAAUAUUAAUUACCAAACAACUCCAGGGAAUUCAGUUGCUGUUGUUGGUUCAUGCAAAGAACUUGGUGAGUGGGAACAUGGAGCAAAGAUGAGUUGGACUUCGAGUAACAAUUGGAAAAUAGCAUUAGAUAUUAAAAAUAUGCCAUUUGAAUAUAAGUACCAAAUAAUAGAUAGCACUGGAAGAGUAUUAAUUUGGGAAGCAACACAAAAUCGUAUGUUUUUAACGAACGCUAUUAUUGACCAAAGUCGUUCUGUGACAAUUAAUGAUGUUUGGGAACAACCAUCUAAUACUCAUAUAGAGUUAAAAGUUUGUUUAAAGUAA